GACUCCAGUCCCUCUGCACCUCAGACACUGUGCACUCAUCUGAGGAAUCACAGGGAAGAGAGAACCUUUUACUUUUUCAUCUGGAUGUUUUUUUUACAUUACUACAACGGCUCUGAUUUCUACAGUGCGGUGGGUUUCAUUAAUGGUUCAGGACAACGUGUAGCCCCCGAUCUCUGUGCACAAUGAGUGUGUGUGUCUGCACCUCAUACAUGCGGUGGUGGCUGCUGAAGGCUCUGAUGUUCUUGGCUGCUGUGCUGCCGACGAGCGGUGGGGACUGCCCCAAAUCAUGCGUCUGUUAUGUCCCGACAGAAGUGCACUGCACCUUCAGAUACCUGACCGCAAUACCUGACCACAUCCAGCCAGCUGUGGAAAAAAUUAACCUCGGGUACAACAGUAUAACUGUCUUGAGAGAAAAUGAUCUUUCGGGACUUGAGAACCUAGAACUGUUGAUGCUGCAUAGCAACACUAUAGACAGUAUUGAAGACAGAGCCUUCCAAGACCUGAGGUCCUUACAGGUCCUCAAGAUGUCCUUCAAUAAAGUAAAGAAAAUCAACAAAGAGACAUUCAAAGGCCUGGAUAGUCUGCUAAGACUCCACAUGGACCACAACCACAUUGAGUUCAUUAGCCCAGAUGCUUUCUAUGGCCUAACCAACCUACAAUUGGUCCAUUUGGAGAGUAACCACCUCCAGCAGCUCCACCCAGACACAUUCAUCACACUGAGACACAGCCAAGUGUUCAAGGUGUCCUCAGUAAGGAACAUCCACCUGUCUGACAACCUCCUCACCACGCUGCCAGCAGAUAUUUUUGCAGGUUGCAGUAAGCUAGAGAACCUGUUCCUCCACGGUAACCCCUGGACAUGUGACUGCCGUAUGAACUGGUUCCCAAAGUGGACACAGAGGAACACAGGUGUGCUGAAAUGCAAGCGAGACAGGAGAUACCAGCGAGGACAUCUGUGUCCUGUUUGUGAAAAUCCUGCCCCUAACUACAACAGACCUCUAUCCCUUCUCUCCAAUGACGCCUUCACUUGUACAAAACCCUGGAUCCAACCUCAUCUAAAGCAGAAAAACAUGACCUUAGAUGAGGGGGACUUUACUCCGGUUUCCCCAAAGGAUUUCAUUGCCCCAUUAGGCUCCAUUCAAAUGAACCUGACUGACCAGUUUCACAGUGAUGCCAGUUUAUCCUGCACUGUCCAGAGACCCUCUGCUUUUGAGAACCUAACACAAACCUUGGAAGAAGAUGAGGGAAACAAUGUCAAUGUGCUUACCACUAGCAUAACUACCUAUUUGGUGUGUAACAUUGACUAUGAACACAUCCAGCAACCAUGGCAGAUCCUGGCCUCCUACAGUGACUCUCCCAUGAGGCUAGAGAGAGGUUUAAUGCUGGCCAGAAGCCCAGAAAUGGUGUACAGAUACAGCCAGUUAAAAACAACAGAGGAAGAGGAAAGAAUUCACACAAACAUAGAGGCACAGAUUAAAGCCUCUCCUGCAUGGUUGAUGCAGGGAGAGGUGAGCUUCCAGCUUGACCGCACAACUACCACUUUCUCCACCUUGCACAUUAAGUAUCAGUCUGUGGUCAACCUACGGGUGGAAAAUACAUCACCUAAGAGGGACCGCUAUUCCUGGACCAUGAUCAAGAGGAGUAAUCUAACCAAGACUGAGCACACUGUACUUACAGGUGGUGUGGCACAAUUAAGCUGUCAAAUCCAGGGUGAACCAAAGCCAUUGUUGGAGUGGAUUUUACCUGACGGAAGUAAGGUCAGAGCACCUUACUCCAAUGAGGACAGGAGGAUCAUCAUUACUGCUGAAGGGAAGCUCACUCUACGCGGUGCGGUUGCUUCAGAUACAGGACUCUACCAAUGCAUUGCCUCAAACUACCUGGAUGCAGAUGUCCUUGUGUUUCGGGUUACUGUUCUUUCUGCUGAUGUGGAAGAAACUGAGGUCAAUGGUGUCCAACUCUCAAGGCCACUGGGUGAAAAUCUGCUAUUUGACUGUAGCUCCUCAGGGAGUCCUGAGGCCUCGGCACAGUGGAUCCUCCCUGAUCACUCAGUAAUAGAUGAGUCUCACGGGAACAGGAAGGUGUAUAAGAAUGGAACACUGCUUAUUCAGGGCCUCACAGCGAGGGACAGAGGGUUUUAUCGGUGUCUGGUUGCUAAUCACCUGGGAGUUGACCUACUUGUGUCUCAGGUGACAGUAACUGAACAAACUUCUGAAAAAGUGACAGUUUUAGACAGAGAGGGAUCAGGGAUGGAAAAGGACUUCAAGGUGGACCCUAGCUUGACAGAAAAGACAGUUAACUUUGAUGAGAUCCCCUCUUCCAGUACCUUAGACAGAAAUAGUCAGGAAUCCAGGACCAUCACCUCAGAUCGACCUUACCCCAAACUCGGGUCACAGGGCAGAGGAGGCGCUGUAGGUAGACUGGGACAGAGAAGUAGGGGGGCAGUCAGCAACAGACGCAUUUGGAGUAGAAAAGUUUUUGAUAAAGCUUCCAGGAAAGUAAACCCACAGAAAUUUGCUGAACUAAUGAAGAAGGCUCAAGAUGGAUCAAGAAAAAAAAGUGACACAGACAAAGAGAAGGUCAAAUCUGAAGACUCCCUCCCUGGUUACUCCGGUGAUGGUGAAAUUGGCUCUGGUGUGGGUCAUAAUGAAGAUCAUCUCAUCAUUGUGCCAAGUAUAGUUAAACCAACUAUAGAUAAUCCACAAGAACAUGGAAUAUUCAAGCAAAAUAGCCAGACUGACACAACAGUGACACAGAUAGGUCAGGAUCAUAUUUUGGCAACCACAGGGGCUCAUCAAACUGUCGUCAUGGAAACAACAGUGAGCAAUAACAUUGAUUUAAGUAAAAGAAAAGAAAAUACAAACACACUAACAACAGAGUCCUAUAUGCAGUCAGACUCUACACCAAUCAAAUCCACAUUCACAGACUAUCCAAGUUCUGUUGGAAAGACAGAGUUUUAUGCCCUGGAAAGAACCAGCAGGCCACCCUCAAACAUGCACCCAGUCACUCUCCAACUAACUGUGACCGACACUUCACAAGAAACUCAGCUCCAGUUCUCAGGAGAACAACCUGCAGAGCCAGAGACAUACACGGGGUCGGCACUCUUAUUUACCACAGACCCUAACAUUACUCCAAUGAAGGAUGGCCCAGGCUCAGUGGGGCUAGUCGUCCACACAGACCCAGAAAGCCAAACCACAUUCACAGCUGUCACCACAACAGAGAGGCAGCAAGACGAGAUCACAUUCCACACCACACAAACCAUCAGAUCCCCACACUUGCCCGCAGGAUCCACCAUCAUCUCCCGGCAACAGAUUCAUAUAAUUCCACACAAGAAUGGCAGAGGUGGAGGCCGCAGGAGGACUUUUCAAGGCCGUAGGAGGAUUAUAAAACCUAACAGGAUCACUGACAUACAGUCCGUCAUCAAUAAACUUAAACAGUCUUCAGUGAAGAAAGAAGGGAAUGCCUCAGUGCCAUAUCGAAUUGAACUGACUACACCAUUUGGCUGUGAUGAAGACAAAAGGAAACCAGCAGCAACUGAUGUGCACAUGGUCUCAACAACAGCUUCCUCGAGUUCAUCUUUACACGUAACAGAGAAACCGGCCACAACACAAAAAAACGCAGCUUCUUCAAAUGGCCAUCUCACCCAUACUGUGUCUAAGCCAGUUGAUUAUGUAUCCAGUGGCUACACAUCCCAAAAAACCUCAACAACAGUACCAACAACAGUUAACCUAACUACAACCCCUGUUGCUAUGCCCACCACCUCUGCAAACUCACUUGCUGAACCUGAGACUUUUCCCUCAUCCAAACACAUAGAGAGCAAGGAGAGCUCAUUAGAUGACGACUUUGAAGAUUUAGCCUCUACAGAUUUCACAACACUCAGACCCAGCUUUCAACAUAUAACCACAACCAGUUCAUCGUAUUACUCCACCACUGCUGAAACACCACCACAAUUACAGACUCUACCCUCCCCACCUACUGUAAAACCACCCUCAAAUAGAAAUCCUGAUGAAUCCUUAUCAUCUGGGUCUGGUCGACUCCCUGAUAAUUGGCUUGUAAUCAGACAGAGGCCUGGUGGGACAAGAGGAAGGCAAGGGCAGAGAAGGAGGCCCUUUAGGGGCAGGAAACCUUUCAAGAAACCUGGAAUUAAUAAACUACCUACUACCACAACUGAAGGUUCAACUACAGAGGCAACAUCUAUGGAAGCUACAAUAGAGACAACCCCACUACCUCACUGGACUGUUUCACUCUACAAGCCCCUUUACACACCAUCUUGGAAAGAGGACAGAACCACAAUAGCUGUUUCCACUGACCUAAUGUCAAAGGAGGAUACUGACUUGUUUGACUGGAUCACAUCUAGCAGUUCACCUGCCUAUACUACAAACAAGACACCGUUCAUCACCUCGACAUAUAAGCCUUCCACCACAUCGAUACCAGCUACCACAAAGGGGUCAUACACAACAGUUCAGACUAGAGUCCACAACAACAUCAAACCACCAACACAGAGAAACCAUGGUCACAACACUCACAGGCCACCAAUGAGGAGAAUAAGACCUACUGUGCAAAGUAGUUCUGCCAGAGGCAGUGCAGAUAAAGACCUUAACUUUGACAUAGUGACCCUUCUUACCGCUGAGCAAGGAUACGUUAACACCCCUGCACCAUACAACAACAUAGGCCCUCACAAUCAUGUCACUGGCAAUGAAGCUACAAGUGCCAAUAUUGAUGGCUUUCAACCCACUACAAACGUCAUGACAAGUAAACCGAAGAUAGUUGGGGGAAAUGCAGCCAGUUUUACCAUUUUGUCCAACUCAGAUGCUUUCCUGCCAUGUGAGGCUGUUGGAAACCCCCAGCCUGAUAUAACCUGGAAACGCUUUUCCUCAAUCACAGGAAGCACUUUUACCAUUAAGGGGAGGAUGGACAAGUUUGAGGUGAUGAGCAAUGGAACACUGCUCAUCCAGAAUGCCAGCAUUAAGGAUCGUGGCCAGUAUCUCUGUCUAGCUGAGAAUGAUCAUGGAUCAGACAAACUUCUUGUCACCCUCUCUGUGGUGGCCUACCCAUCACGCAUUCUGGAGCCAAAAUUGCGUGAGAUAAAAUCUCAUGCAGGAAACACUGUAGAGAUGAAAUGUAAAGCAGAGGGUCGACCCACACCGGUGAUAUCCUGGAUCAUGGCCAACCGGACUCAAGUCAGAAGUCAAAACACAGAAAAGGAAAGGGUAUCAGUAUCUGCUGAGGGGACUCUUGUUAUUGAGCAUGUGUCUGUUUAUGACAGAGGUCAUUACAAAUGCAUUGCCAGUAAUCCAGCUGGAGCUGAUACUGCCACAGUGCGACUGCAGGUGGUGGCAGCUCCGCCCGGCAUCAUGGAGGGGAAACGGCAACAGCUAACAGUUAGUGUAAGCCAAAACUUGUGGCUUCCUUGCACUGCCCAAGGCAGCCCUCAGCCUGCUAUUCACUGGGUCCACCAUGAUGGGACAAUGCUACAAUCUAACAGACCUGUUAGUGACACAAGGAUAUUAGUGUACAAGAACGGGACUCUGCACAUUAAGGAUGCGACUCCAGCAGACAGUGGGAAAUAUGAAUGUAUUGCCACCAGCUCUACUGGCUCAGAGCGAAGGGUGGUGACUCUGGCAGUCGAGAGGCAAGAGUCGGCUCCUCAAAUACUGGAGACAUCCAACCGCAUCUCAGAGUUGUCCUUUGGGGAUCAGUUGAGACUAAAAUGUUCAGCGACAGGAGAUCCCAAACCUAGGAUCAUGUGGAGGUUACCCUCUAAAGCUGUGGUAGACCACCGGCACAGGAUGGGCAGCAGAAUCCAGGUCCUGGAUAAUGGUACUCUAAUUAUCGAUAUUGUGAAUGAUAAAGAUGCCGGAGACUAUCUCUGUGUGGCACGAAGCGAGAUUGGCGAUGAUCUCCAACUCAUGAGGGUCAGUGUGUCAAUGAAGCCAGCCAAGAUAGAUCCUAAGCUCUAUGGUAAGAAGCAGGUACCCUACGGUAACGACUUCAAGGUUGACUGUAAAGCCUCAGGAGCACCAAAGCCAGAAAUUACUUGGGGUCUACCAGAUGGUACAGUGCUCAACAGCGCUCUGCAGUCUGAUGCAAGCAGUGGAGGAGGACGAGCACGGCGCUACACUCUGUUUGACAAUGGAACUCUUUACCUAAACCAGGUUGGUAUGUCAGAGGAAGGGGACUACACUUGCUAUGCUGAGAACAAAGUGGGCAAGGAUGAGAUGCAUGUACAUAUCUCUGUCGUGACUGCUGCCCCCAGGAUACGUUUACCCAGCCAGCCCCAUGCCAGGGUAAUGCCUGGAGGGAACAUCCGCUUUGACUGUGAAGCACUUGGGGAACCCAAGCCCAAGAUUCUGUGGAUGCUGCCCACCAAUGAUGUUAUUGCAGCAUCAAAUGAACGCUACCUAAUGCAUGUCAAUGGUUCUCUGGAUAUCAGGGAUGUGAAGCUUAUCGAUGCUGGGGAGUAUGUUUGUAUAGCUCGCAACCCUGCUGGGGAAAAUAGAAAAGUCUACAAGCUUGAAAUAGACGGGAAUCCACCAGUUAUCAAUGGCUACCGUGCGAACAGGACUGUAGUCAAAGAUGUAGCUGCCAAAUAUACCAGGAAAUUAAUAGACUGUAAGGCUCAAGGCGACCCGACUCCUAGUAUCACUUGGAUUAUGCCUGAUAACAUCUUUCUGAGGGCACCAUACUUUGGUAGCAGGGUUAAUGUCCACCAUAAUGGGACCUUAGAGAUUCGUAAUGUGCGACCAACUGAUACAGGAGAGUUCAUAUGCAUGGCGAGGAAUGAUGGAGGAGAGGCAGUAAUGGUGGUGCAGCUGGAGGUGACCAGUAUGCUCCAAAGGCCUAUCUUCAAGAACCCAUACAACGAACGUAUUGUGUCUCGUAUUGGGAAAACCACAGUUCUGAACUGCUCUGCUGAUGGACACCCAAUGCCGGAGAUCACGUGGACUUUGCCUAAUGGAACACGAUUUACUGGUGGAUCCGAUCGUGGCUCUCACCACCACCUAGGCAACAAUGGAACUUUGAUCAUCUACAACCCUCACAAAGAGGAUGCUGGAAAGUACCGCUGUGGUGCCAAGAAUUUCUUGGGCUACAUAGAGAAGCUGAUCAUUUUGGAAGUUGGGCAGAAGCCUUACAUUCUGACCAGGCCAAGAGGCAUCAUACGCAGUGUGUCUGGGGAACCUCUCUUCCUUCACUGUCUAUCUGAUGGGAGUCCCAGACCCAGGAUCUACUGGACCAUUCCUGCUGGACACACCCUUACUCGGCCUCAAAUCCUUGGGCGCUACCAGUUGUUAGAGAAUGGUACUUUGGUUGUUCAGGAUACUACUCUCCACGAUCGCGGGAACUACAUCUGCAGAGCUCGGAGCGAUGAUGGGGAGGCUUUGCUUACUGUACCUGUUGUUAUUAUUGCUUACCCUCCACGGAUCACAGCAGGGCCACCUCCAAGUGUGAGGGCAGUGAGUGGGACACCUAUCCAGCUUAACUGUGCUGCCACUGGAAUCCCCAAGCCAGAGAUUACCUGGGAGCUGCCUGAUCGUUCAGUUCUGUCUACGGCAGAACAGGGCCGGCCCAUGGGUAGUGAGCUGCUCCAUCCUCAGGGCACACUCAUCAUCCAGAGGCCCAGAGUCUCCGACUCAGGCACGUACAAGUGCCUAGCCAAGAACCACCUAGGUACAGACUCACAGGUCACAUAUGUACAUGUUCUGUGAAAAAUGAUAGAGAGAGGAAAGUGGUAUAUCUGAAUGUAAAAAUUAACCGACACAGCAAUUUGCACCGGCUAUGUACAGUACAUGCUUUCUUACUUGUGGAUUUUUGAGGAUUACAGCUUGCUGAAUAGUAUUUAAAAAAAUGUUACAGAUGUGGAUUAUAGAAAUAAACAGAGCUCAAGGAGAGAAAGGAAACAGACAUAUUAAGAUAUUCAACUGGAAACCCCCGUCUGAGGUAAGAAAGUUGUUAUUGUAACUUUGGAACUGAGGGCCUGGAAAUUCAUAGGUGGGUUCUCAUUUGAGGUGGUUCCCAUGAGAACAAAUGGGCCAGCGCAUGGAGUCAAGUGAUUUCUUUGACCAGACAUUGCUCACUGCACAUGGGGAUACUAUUUCACAUGCAGGGGGGGAAAUUUGCUUCCAAGAGGAUUUUAAUACCCUCUAUACCGAAGUUGUCACUGUCAUGACAUGUUUGGUAAUGCUUUACAGCAAAUAACAGACAAAAGUCCUUUUGUAAAAUAUAUUUCAAGAGCAAUUAAUUGAGUGUACAGUGGAAGAAUUUAUAUUUUUCUUAUUUUCCUAAAAUAUCUAUGGCUUGUUUCACACUGGAUACAUAUCUGCAUUGACAGUACAGUGCUUUCAUACCAGAAUUAGAUUGUGUUAUUAUAUUUUUUUAAUAUUUUCAUAAAAUUUUAAAGCAGAUUCCUUAAUGUUUCUUUACAGCACAGUUUGUUGGUCAAAAAUACAAAAACACAGUCUAUUGUGUUGUACACAAGAAUUUAUAUAAUGUUAUACAUUAUGCUAAUCUGUAAUAAUACAGUACAUACAAUUUCUAUUUGUAGUAUCUACUUUAUCAACGUAUGGGGUGAAUGAAUGAAAAUAAGAAAAUAAAAAUGAAAGAUGGUUCGUGCUUUUUUUCAUGUUUUUCUUAUUGACACACCAAUAUUCUCUUAUAUAAAUAUAUCAUUGCUGGUGGCUACUAGGCUAUUAUAAGGCUUUUAUGAUAAAGGUGCUCAGGAUUAGAUAGUUGUACUAUACGAUACAGGAGGAAGUAUCCGUGGCUACAAUA